CCAAGUAGCGGCGUUUUGAUUGGCUGAUGUGUCUGAGCCAAUCACUGUGCUGCUUGGACGGAGGUGACAGUCAGCUCGCUGACGUUCACUGUUCUUCUCCAACAUUGAAAAUUAAUCUUUUAUUCUUCUCAUUUGUCCGAGUCCGUGGAGUGGUGCGUUUCAGCAGACAUGUUGCAGCAGUUGGUGAUUAAAGAAGAAAUGCUCCCUGAACAGCAGGAGUUGAAUCUGAGUGUUGACCAGAAAGACAUUAAACAGGAACAAGAGGAAGUCUGGACAAGUAACGAGGGACAGCAGCUUCACCGGCUGGAGACUGAGAAGACCAAGUUACAUUUUGUCCCUGUGAAGACUGAAAAUGAUGAUGAAAUACCACAGUCAUCACAGGUUCUUCAAAACUCAGACAUGCAGACUUUGUUGGUGAUGAAAGAAGAAAUUCUCCCUGAACAGCAGGAAGGAAACCUGAGUGUUGAACAGGAGGACAUUAAAGAGGAACAAGAGAAACUCUGGAUUAGUCCACAGGUACAACAGCUUCACCAGCCGGAGGAGGCCGAUAUCACAAAGUGCCCUUUUAGUGCUGUGAAGAGUGACAAUGAUGAAAACCCACAGUCAUCAGAGGUUCUUCAAAGCCAAAGUGAUGAGAGCACAGAGGCUGAGCCUGUAGCCAGCAGCUCACCUGUACUCAGAACACUGACAGCACAAGCAGGUGGAGAGGACGAUGGAGGACCACAGUCAGGUUCAUGUAGUCUUUUACUGCCAGAUACCAAUGGAAGAAGUUCAGAUUUCUCUGAAAUUGAUAGAUACAAAUGGGAGCAGACUACAAAACCUGGUUCAGCCUUUAACAGUCUGAAAAACAACAGUGUCUGUGUUAGUCAUAACAGGUGCAACAUGAUUAAGAAAAAGUGUGAUGGCUCUGAAAAUGGAAAAACAUGUGAUCACAUGAACUAUUUAAAGCUAGAAAACAGAAGGCAAAGAAGUGGAAAACCAUUUAACUGUCCAGAUGGUGGUGUAUGUUUUGAAAAAAAAGGUAAUGUGAUUACACCCAUUAGAAUUAAUACAGGGCAGAAACCAUUUAGCUGUUCUGAGUGUGGAAAAACAUUUGGAAGAAAGAGCAGUCAGAUCACACACAUGAGAAUUCAUACUGGCCAAAAGCCAUUUAGCUGUUCUGAGUGUGGAAAAAGAUUUGGACAAAAGAGCAAUCUGGUCACACACAUGAGAAUUCAUACUGGCCAGAAACCAUUUAGUUGUUCUGAGUGUGAAAAAAAAUUUGGACAAAAGAACAGUCUGGUCAUACACAUGAGAAGUCAUACUGGCCAGAAACCAUUUAGCUGUUCUGAGUGUGGAAAAAGAUUUGGACAAAAGAACAGUCUGGUCACACACAGAAGAAUUCACACUGGCCAGAAACCAUUUAGCUGUUCUCAGUGUGGUAAACAAUUUGGAUAUAAGAGCCAUUUGAUCACCCACAUGAGAUGUCAUACAGGACAGAAACCAUUUAGCUGUGCUGAGUGUGGUAAAAGAUUUGGUGAUCAGAGCAAUCUGAUCAAACAUUCCAGAAUUCACACAGGACAGAAACCAUUUUGCUGUUCUGAGUGUGGUAUAACAUUUAGACAUAAAAACAGCCUGACCAUACACAUGAGACAUCACACAGGGCAGAAACCAUUUAGCUGUUCUAAGUGUGGUCAAGCAUUUGGACGUAAAAACAGUCUGGUCACACACAUGAGAAUUCACACAGGACUUAAGUAGAGACAGAAGAUGGAAGCGUGAAAAAAAUCGCAAACCAUCUCCUAUUCAUGAAUGAUUAAAAGAUCUUAGCCUGCGAGCACUGAUGGGUUGAUUCAUUUAACCAACACAAAACUUAAUGUGUGUUGGUUUUUACAAAUGUGUAUUUGAAAAAAAUGUCUUUUUUUUCUUCUUCAUUUGUUAAGAAAGGCAUUUGCAAAACUGAAAAUUCUGUUCACAUUGUGAUUCAGCAAGGCGGCAAUAACUGUGUGAUAGAACCGGGCGUAAUUCACUAUGCGCAUCUUGACCCAUCUAUUGGAUGGCUUUUUUUGCUCUUUCACUAUGCUUUUUAGUCUUUUUUUAAAUUCAUUUUAUUUUGUUUUCUGAAUUUUGUGUGAAUCGCCUUGAGGCGACUCUGUUGUGACUUGGCACUAAGUGAAUAAAUUGAAUUGAAAAUGAGGCUCAUCUAUGUUGAAUGGUGAUGUCCGCAUUCUGACUGCUAUAUUAGCACAAUGGCUAAGUGGCAUAGUUAAUCAGAUAGUUCAUCCAGACCAGACUGGGUUUAUAGCUGGUAGGCAUUAUGCAAAUAACCUACGUUGUUUACUUAAUAUUUUAUCAUAUCAAAUGCAAAAUCAAUCAUUGGCAACAGUGAUUUCAUUGGACGCACAAAAGGCUUUUGACCGUGUGUCAUGGAAAUAUUUAAUUCAGACAUUAAAAAGAUUUAAAUUUGGUUCAGACCAUGUGUUCUGAACCGUUGCAUGUAUUGCCAUUUUCUGACUUUCAAAUCAAGAGAAUUGCAAAAUGGACCAAAGUCACCUUGGACAUUUGGAAGAAAGUUAGAAUGGCAUUGAAAUUGCCAACAAAGCUAUCUGUAUUACUAAGUAUUGAGCAUAUUAAAUCAUUCAAACCAGUUUUAUUGGAUAAGGGUUUUUUAAAAUGGGCUGACCAUGGUAUUAUAUAUAUUCAUCAUUUAUUUGAUAAAAAUGGGCUCAUGUCAUUUGAGCAGCUGAAAAAACAAUUUAAGCU